UUCGUCAACUAGGGUUUUUCAUUCCCUCAAUUAAACUCCAUUUAUGUUUUCUUUAGCUUUGUUGUUAAGCUAGUCGGAGAAAAGUACUAAUCGAAACGGAAAAAGGUAAAAAGUUUCUAAUACGUUCUACGUUUGUUUUAAUGAAUACCCCAACUGAAGAAAAGCAGAGAAGGAAGUCGAUAGGUACUCCAGGUUCUUCGAAUGGUGGUUUGAAUCUUGGCGGAGGCAAAACCAGAAGGUACUCGAUUGGUGUAGCAAGUUCUCAGAAGGGUGUUGGAGAAGAAGGUAAUGUUGUCCCUAAUUAUCUCAGAGCUUCGACUGGUUCUUGUCAUGAUUUCUGUAAAUACGGUAAGAAACACGAACACUCUAAAUCGGCAAUUCCUAUAACGUUCAAAAGAACAACGAUCGUCAGUAAAGAGAAAUUUACAAAGACUGUAGUUCCAAUAGAAAGAAACAAGACAAAAAUGGUGGCAAAACUCGAGCCUUCUACAGAUUCCAUAAUUCGGACGCCUUUUGAACCCCAUGAUGUUUCUUUACGAUCCAAGAAAGCACAAGUUUCAAAACGGAUUUCGUCAACAAAUAGAAAAGCAACAGAAAGUGAGCUUAAAAUGCCUGUGAACCCUUCUUCAUCUGUCAAUGAUGCUUCAGCAUCAGCAGGGACGAACAGCAGGAUUAAAAAGAAAGACAUCAGAGCUGUAAAAAAGACGGGAGUGGCACCUACAACUACAAUGGCUGCUACCCUAAAGAGGAUUGUUGUCAAAACUACCCCAAUUGAAUCACAGUCUUCUAAACGUUCCUUCGAUAGGGCUGCAAGUUUGAAGGCAAUAAAAGACAAGAACCUUAAGCAGGUGUCUCCUUUAAAGGAUCAAAACAGGAUGCAAAAAAACGAGCUCAAGAAACUGAUCACCGACAAUGUUCAGACAAAAAACUUGCACGGUGGUGAUGCAGAAUCCGAGGCCAAACCUCAGACCAUGGAGUUUGAAUUUAUUUGUUCAACUAUUGAAACUAUUCAGUCUCCCCCACCUCCAUCAAUGGAGUUGAUUUCAGACAAAAAUGUUAUAGAAGAAGAGUCGAUGAUCGUGCAUCCAGUCUACGAAAGCUCUCAACUUUUUCCAGAUAAAGAACUUCUAGAAGAGUCGUUAAUUGUACCACCUGGCUUCGAAAGCUCCCAAUCUUCUUCAGACAGAGAAUUGUUAGAAGGGUCAUCGAUCAAACCUACGAUCUCUGAAAGAUCUCAGUCUUCUUAUGAGGAAGGGGUUCUAGAAGAAGAUUUUGAAUAUACUGAUGGUGAAGAAGUUGAAUCUUUUUGUGAGGAAGAGUUUGAAGGCACCGAUGAUGAGGAAGUUUUUCCCUCUGGAAAUAAUGAUGAACCGGAAACUUUAGGGACGCAGACCAAGAUCCCAAGAAAGGGCAGAAUGGUAAAUUCUGAAGACAAAGAUGAGGAGGGUGUGAAGUUAAGAUUCAGAAGGGGAACGGUUCUUGAUCUUCAAUCUGAGAAUAAUGGUCCUAGAAGGCUCAAAUUCAAGAGGAGAGUCAUUGAGGGUAAUGAAGAUGGUCAAACCAUUGCCAGAAGAACUUAUAAAAACAAAACUCUUGAUCUUCAAGCCGAGAUCAACGGUCCUAGAAGGCUCCCUUUCAGGAAAGGGAAAGUUAUGGAGGGUCAUGAGCAUGACGGCAAACGUAUUGCUAGAAGAACUUUUGAAAAGAAAUAUAUUGAAGAAAAAGACGAUUCUAACCAUGGUCUCGAAAGUGUUGUUUUGAAGCAUCAAGGUGAGCAGGGCAAAAAAGACGCUCAGGGGUUGUUCAAUAACGUCAUAGAAGAAACAGCAAGUAAACUCGUUGAAAGCCGAAAGAGUAAAGUGAAGGCAUUGGUGGGUGCUUUUGAAACCGUAAUCUCCCUCCAAGAUUCCAAACCAUCUUCUACGUAACAAAUGGAAACUUUUCUUUCACAAGAACUCGGGUUUUGUAAAGAAACCGUAGAUGAAGAGCCUGGUGUGCUUGUGAUGGGAAUAACUGAAUCACUAUCUGGGAGUUUUAUGCAAAUGAAUAGGGAUGAUCUGAGGACGUCCGUGGGCUGCUGGUAAUUGAGGUAUGUGGCUGCUUUUGCUUUUGGUGUUACUUUCUUUUUUCGAUCUCUUUUCGCUAUCUUUUUUUGCAGUUUGACUUACGUACGAAUAAAUGAAGUGACAAUCUUACUAUCAGGUUUACUAAUAUGCAAACUUGUCCACAUAGUUGAGUGCUUGUUUGAUCUGUGUAUGAUUUGGUUUUCUUUUGAAAUUGAUCAAGUUUAGGGUUUGUGGAACAAUGUUGACAAUCUUACAGUAAU